AAUAUUCCGUAUUCCGUUGAUGUUAAUGGCCUCGAAACUGGUUGAACAUUUAACAUUCUUGAAGAGGAGCCUGAGAAAAGGAGGAGUUGACCGUUCUGGAUUGUAAUAUUUACGGAAUAUAAAAUCGAAGUGGCGAACGAAACUUGAGUGUAGAAUACUAAGUUGGGAAGUGCAUUCAUCAGUUAUAGGAUUUAGAAUUAUUGUUCGUCUUGCCUUUUCAUUCCAGUUCGACAUCGGGCAAUAAAUCGAAGCGUCGUUAUGAAAUCCAAACUUCUUUUAUUAUGCUUUCUUGUUUGUGCCAGUGCCAAAAUAUUCAAAAGGUGCGAACUUGCGAAAGACCUCAAAUAUAAGUACGGUUUCGAUCCCAAAGAAAUACCGGUGUGGGUUUGCAUCGCCAAACACGAAUCAAAUUUCAACACCUCAGCGGUGAAUUCAGUGAGCGGUGAUCAUGGACUAUUUCAAAUUAGUGAUUUGUAUUGGUGUGGAAUCCAACAAAAAGCUGGAGCAUGUUAUGCCAAUUGUGAUUCUUUCAAAAACGACGACAUCGCUGAUGAUCUUCAGUGCAUAAGAAGAAUCUUCAACGAACACCAGAGGCUGUCAGGAAACGGCUUCAACGCAUGGGUGGUUUACCCUUUAUAUUGUAGAGGGAAGAGUGAUCAAUACGUUGAGGGAUGUUUUCAAAAUGAUGGCCUGAGUACGACUACAGAACCGUCUACCAGUACCAGUGACAACGACGACGAAUAUGAAUUUCCACCCUUACCAGUUUUUCCAAAGAGAAACACUGAAGCUCUACCUCCCUUAUUGUUAUUCGAUGUGGAGGAUCUCAUUUUUCUUUGAAAAAAAUUGCUUGCAGUAUCAGAAAACUAUGUUCACUUGUAACAAUAAUAAAGUGAAAUUUUUUUGUUAAUGAUAUAUUUUCAUUAGCUUUGAGAUCGAACUUGUUGACUGAAUA